AUGGAAUCCACGGGCGGCGGCGCACCAGGAUCAAAGUCCCCACCGACCGGAGGUGUUUCUGCUUCAGCUGCAGGUUCGUCGGCAUCCCAGCGCCGGCGCAUCCUAGAGCCGCCAUUGCCAUUGGUGGUGCAUACCACCAAACUUGCUGCUCCUACUCCGACAUCAGGAUCUAAGAGGUCAAGGAGUCAAGAACUUGGCUUGUGUUUGUUUAGUGCAACUCCUGCAUCUAGCUCUACACCGACUGAUGCAUUUUCUUUGCCAAGUGGAGGUGGCCAUGGUGCUGGUGGUAGCUGCAGUGGUGGUGAUGGUGACACUGGCACUGGAGUAGCUGAUGGUGGCAAUGGCUCUGCGGCUAGUGGCAGUGGCAAUCAGGGUACUACUGGUGGACAGCAAGGUGCAGGGGCUGCAGAUCCCAUCAUUGUUGAGGGUGAUGACCCUUUGCCACCUGGAAAGAAGUAG